AGCGCGGCCGGCUGACGGACCCGGCACUCGGCUCGGCCCCGCCGCAGGUGACCCGGAGGCUUUCGCCGCCCGGAGCUCCCCUAGCGCUUUGUGACCAGAUGCUGAACCCAGCGGAGGGCGCAAGCCAGAUGCGGGGCGACAGCUGACUUGCGGCGGCGAGGCGCGGAGCACGCGGGUGGUCUCUGCGCGACUGACUUCUCCGCGGUUCUCGGACACCGCAAGAUAAGCUUCUCACCAUGAAGGGCCCUGCUGUGUUUGCACCUGGCAUCCUUGUGCUUCUAUUUACCUUGGUGCAGAAGAGCUAUGGGGAGUGCAAAGAGGCACUGGUAAAGUCUGAGAUGAAUGUGAACAUGAAGUAUCAGCUUCCCAACUUCACUGCAGAAACACCCAUCCAGAAUGUUGUUUUACACAAGCAUCAUAUUUACCUCGGUGCAGUUAACUAUAUUUAUGUUUUAAAUGACAAAGAUCUUCAGAAGGUUGCUGAGUACAAGACUGGGCCCGUGCUGGAACACCCAGAUUGUUUCCCAUGUCAGGACUGCAGCCACAAAGCCAAUUUAUCAGGUGGCGUUUGGGAAGAUAACAUCAACAUGGCUCUACUUAUUGACACAUACUAUGAUGACCAACUCAUUAGCUGUGGCAGUGUCCACAGAGGGACCUGCCAGCGACAUGUCCUUCCACCCAGUAAUACUGCUGACAUACAGUCGGAAGUUCAUUGCAUGUACUCCCCACAGGCAGACGAAGAGCCUGGCCAGUGCCCUGACUGUGUGGUGAGUGCCCUGGGAACCAAAGUCCUGAUAUCUGAAAAGGAUCGGUUCAUCAACUUCUUCGUGGGCAAUACCAUAAAUUCCUCGUACCAUCCAGAUCAUUCAUUGCAUUCGAUAUCAGUGAGAAGGCUAAAGGAAACGCAAGAUGGUUUCAAGUUUUUGACAGACCAGUCUUAUAUUGAUGUUCUACCUGAGUUCAGAGAUUCCUACCCUAUUAAAUAUGUCCAGGCCUUUGAAAGCAAUCAUUUUAUUUACUUUUUGACAGUGCAACGAGAAACUCUAGAUGCUCAAACUUUUCACACAAGAAUAAUCAGGUUCUGUUCUGUAGACUCUGGAUUGCAUUCCUACAUGGAAAUGCCUCUGGAGUGUAUUCUCACAGAAAAAAGAAGAAAGAGAUCCACAAGGGAGGAAGUAUUUAAUAUUCUCCAAGCUGCAUAUGUCAGUAAGCCUGGGGCCCACCUUGCUAAGCAAAUAGGUGCUAACCUGUAUGAUGACAUUCUCUAUGGAGUGUUUGCACAAAGCAAGCCAGAUUCUGCUGAACCAAUGAAUCGCUCUGCUGUCUGUGCAUUCCCUAUCAAAUAUGUCAAUGAAUUCUUCAACAAGAUCGUCAACAAAAACAAUGUGAGAUGUCUUCAACAUUUUUAUGGACCCAACCACGAACACUGCUUUAAUAGGACACUUUUGAGAAAUUCAUCAGGCUGUGAAGUACGCAGUGAUGAAUAUCGAACAGAGUUUACCACAGCUUUGCAGCGUGUUGACUUAUUCAUGGGCCAAUUCAACCAAGUCCUCUUAACAUCUAUAUCUACCUUCAUUAAAGGAGACCUCACCAUUGCUAAUCUUGGGACGUCAGAGGGUCGCUUCAUGCAGGUUGUGGUUUCUCGAUCAGGAUCGUCAACCCCUCAUGUGAAUUUUCGCCUGGAUUCCCACCCUGUGUCUCCAGAAGCAAUUGUGGAGCACCCAUUAAACCAAAAUGGCUACACGCUGGUUGUCACUGGGAAGAAGAUCACCAAGAUCCCACUGAAUGGCUUAGGCUGUGAACAUUUCCAGUCCUGCAGUCAGUGUCUCUCCGCCCCUCCCUUUGUGCAGUGCGGCUGGUGCCACGAUAAAUGUGUGCAAUUAGAGGAAUGCCCCACUGGAACAUGGACUCAGGAGAUCUGUCUGCCUACAAUCUAUGAGGUUUUCCCAACUAGUGCACCCUUGGAAGGAGGGACAAUGCUGACCGUAUGUGGCUGGGACUUCGGAUUCAGGAGGAAUAAUAAAUUUGAUUUAAAGAAAACCAGAGUUCUCCUUGGAAAUGAGAGCUGCACCUUGACCUUGAGUGAGAGCACAACAAAUAUGCUGAAAUGCACAGUUGGUCCUGCAGUGAAUGAGCAUUUCAAUAUAUCCAUAAUUAUUGCAAAUGGUCGAGGGACAGCACAAUAUAAUACCUUUUCCUAUGUGGAUCCUAUAAUAACAAGUAUUUCUCCAAGUUAUGGUCCUAAGACUGGUGGCACCUUGCUUACUUUAACUGGAAAGUACCUAAACAGUGGGAAUUCUAGACACAUUUCAAUUGGUGGGAAAACAUGUACUUUAAAAAGUGUGUCAGAUAGUAUUCUCGAAUGUUAUACCCCAGCUCAAACCACUCCAACUGAGUUUCCUAUUAAAUUGAAAAUUGACUUAGCCAACCGAGAGAUGAACAGCUUCAGUUACCAGGAAGACCCCAUUGUCUAUGCAAUUCAUCCAACCAGAUCUUUUAUUAGUGGUGGGAGCACAAUAACAGCUGUUGGGAAAAACCUGCAUUCAGUUAGUGUCCUGAGGAUGGUCAUAAAUGUACAGGAAGCAAGGAGGAACUUUACAGUGGUAAGUCCUUUGAGAGAUAGUUGUACUUAA